AUAUUUGCGAUAACAACCAUUUAUCAUUGAAAAUUCUUCACUCAGUUGACUAUAAAUUCAGCAUUAAAAUAUGGGAUCUCGCCAAUUACUAGUACUUUAUGGCAGCCAAACAGGCACUGCUCAGGAUGUUGCAGAGAGGGUGGCUAGAGAUGCAAAAAGAAGACAUUUUGCAACAAGAAUUUCAUCUCUGGAUGAAUGUAAUGUGGGCAACUUGAUCAAUGAAAGGUUGUUAGUGAUUGUGUGCUCCACUACAGGACAAGGGGAUGCCCCAGAUAACAUGCAUCUCUUCUGGAGGUUCAUAUUUCGCAGAAACUUACCUGCCAACUCUCUUACAAAUACCAACUUUGCUGUCCUAGGUCUUGGAGACUCCUCAUAUCAGAAGUUUAACUUUAUAGCCAAGAAGUUGCAUAAGAGGCUGAUCCAACUUGGAGGGAAUUCUUUAGUCCCAGUAGGCCUUGCAGAUGAUCAGCAUGAUUUAGGGGCUGAUGCUGUUAUAGACCCUUGGCUGAAUUCUCUUUGGGAGAAAACACUCAACAUAUUUCCUAUUCCACCUGGUUUGGAAAUCAUCAGUGAUGAAAUACUUCCUCCAGCCAAAUACAAGGUACAGCUCCUGGACAGGGAUACCCAAGCUAGCACCCCUGUAGGCAAUAGAAAUGGAACAACCCAACAAUCAGGAGUAUACAGUAAUGUGUGUCCUUAUCACGCUCGGAUGAUCUCAAAUAAGAGGGUGACAGCUCCUGAUCAUUUUCAAGAUGUCCGCCUAGUAAAAUUUGAUAUCAGUAAUUCAAAAAUAAAAUAUUCAGCUGGUGAUGUCUUAAUGAUACAGCCCAGUAACAUGUCUGAUACAGUAGUAGACUUUAUAGAACUCAUGGGACUAGAUAGAAAUCAAUACUUCACAUUGGCACAGAAUGACCCAGAUAUGCCCCUGCCAAGUGGUCUUCCGCAGCCUUGUAGCGUUGAAUAUCUAGUAGAGAAGUACUUAGACAUCAACUCUAUUCCUAGAAGAUAUUUCUUCCAGCUUCUUUCAUUCUUCACAGCUGAUGACACAGAGAGAGAGAAACUGAGAGAACUUGCUUCAGCAGAGGGCCAGGAAGAACUCUACUCAUAUUGUAACAGAGUAAGAAGAUCUAUACUGGAGGUUCUACAAGAUUUCUCACAUGUUAAGGUACCCUUUGAAUACCUUUUUGAUCUCAUACCAGCUAUGCAGCCAAGGGCCUUCUCAAUAGCAUCAUCAUUACAGAUGUACCCUGAUGAGAUCCAUAUAUUAAUGGCCGUUGUGCAAUAUCGUACCAAACUAGUGAAACCACGUCGUGGAGUGUGCUCUACUUGGAUAUCAGGCCUGACCCCAGAGUCCCCAGAUGUCAGAGUACCUGUAUGGGUAAAGAAAGGCACCAUAGCUUUUCCCAAGGAUCCUACAGUUCCAGUUAUCAUGGUUGGCCCAGGUACAGGGUGUGCCCCAUUUAGAGGUUAUAUCCAGGAGCGGAUAUCACAAAAUAAUGAAGGUUGUGUGUUAUUCUUCGGAUGUCGCAACAAGAAAGGUGACUUCCUUUGCGAGGAGGAGUGGAUGUCAUAUGAAAAUAAAGGCCUCCUUAGACUCUUCACAGCAUUUUCUAGGGACCAGGACCAUAAAAUCUAUGUGCAACAUGUCAUAAAGGAAAAUGCAGUGCUUCUAUGGGACCUUCUAGAAAAUAAGGGAGCAUGGUUUUAUAUAGCAGGCAAUGCAAAACAGAUGCCAGACAGUGUGCGUGAUGCCCUUAAGUCUGUCAUUCAAGAGCAAGGACUUAAAACAGAGGACGAAGCUGAAACAUAUCUACGAGUGUUGGACAAACAUAAACGAUACCAGGCUGAGACAUGGUCUUGAUAUCUUUAAUACACCAUAAUACUAAUUCACGCAGUGGAGUAUUAAAAUCAUACCUGUCACACUAAGAAACUGAAAUAUAUUGACCAGAUUUAGGACCUUUCAAAAAAGGAACUGAGAUAUAUUAACAAUAUUCAGGAUAUCAUAGGUUUUAUAAAUGCAAAGAUUGGUUCCUAGGGAUUCAACUCAAUAUUCUGCCAUAUAUGGAUGGAGAUGUCGUGAUUACAAAAUUUGAAUUGAAUCAAACAGCCGCUGUUUUGUUCACUUUGGAAGGACAAGUCUCGGUUAGGAGAA